AUGGAUGACGACGACGACUUCACCUUCCCCACCGUUGCCGCCGCCGCGCGGGGGCCGCCGACGGCGCCACAAAGGCAGCUCGGCCUCGACGAAGACACGGCGGUGCCGCCGCACCUGCUCCAGCUCCCUGAUGCGCUCCCCAACCUCGCCGCGGGGGCCUCCCCUCUGUGGCCGUUCGCGGGCUCCGUUCCCAAGACGACGACGACCACAGCGCUGCCGUCGUCCCCGACCGUGACGGCGGACGACGAACAAGAGCGCAGCGCCGUGGCAGAGGAGGAGAGCCAUCCUGUCGCCGCUGACGAGGACAGGAUGGACCUGCUGUGGGAGGGCACACCCACCACCACCACCAGGUCCAUCGCGACAGCGCCGGAGCCGGAGCCAAGGAGCGUCGCUGGCCACGCGGGGCCGCCACCACCACCGAAGCAGCGCGCCGCGGCGGCCGCCGACGCGGAGAGGAUGGACAAGCUGUGGGAGAGCUUCAACGAGGACCUCGUCCUGCGGCACCGGGACCGAGCGCGCCGCUCCAAGUCCGCCGCCGGCAUCAACAUCAAGGUGUCGCGGGCAGCAGCGGGAGGUCCGGACGACCCGGCUGACGACGACGACCGCUGGUACCUCUGCAACUACGACUCGCCGUCGUCGGGCGCCGACGACGACGAGUCGUCCGACCAGGAGACGUCGGCGUCGUCCCCUGCGGAGCAGCGGCGCGGGUACGGGUGCGCGCCUACGAUGCUGCGCGCGUCGUCGCGCGCCGGUGGGGCGGGCCAGUUCUGCGCCGGCAGCAGCCCCCGCGCCCGCCGACGACGGCGCGGACGCGGGGCGGCGGCAGGGUGGGCGCUCCUGCUCAGGCUGUUCCGGAGGCUCUUCGCCGUCGACAAGACGGCGCCGUCGUCGUCGUCCCAUAGCCACAGCAGCCUCUACGUGCCCUGA